UGGGAGGCGGCAUGGCCAGGGCCAAGAUGGCGGGCGGGCGCGCUGCAAGCCGUUGCGGAAGUGAGGAAAGCUGGACUUUGCAAGAGCUUUCGUUAACCGGGGUCCAGGGACACCUACGCUUCUCCUGGGAUGCCUGGAAAUUGUUCAGUGGUUGGAACUGAUAAGACUGGAGCAGCACAAUCUCCCCCUCUUAAGUAUGACUAACUGAAGAGCAGAGUCCUAAGUGACGGUAUGCGGGACUUCUCCAAUGCCUGAACAAUGAAUGCAAGGUUUUCUUCACUUGGUGCUCAUGAGACAAUCAUGAUGGUGGUAUUUUAGGAAUUUGCCACAUAGUAUGGCUGCUUUUCGAUCCCAGCGUGUUACAAGGUCUUCAGUUGGGUCGAAUGGUUUGGAUGAAAACUUCUGCGGACGAACUUUGAGGAAUCGGAGCAUAGUUCAUCCUGACGAUUCCUCCCCUCUUCCUCAGUUAAGAUCGCGAUCACCGAAGAAGAAGCAAGAAGCCACACCACAACAGAAAGGCACAAGCAGUGGGAAAGUUAGUGAAUGUAAGCAGCACCAGACCCGAGAGUCCUGGGCGAGCCCUAGAAAAAGGGGACCCUUUUGUUCUGAGAAAGAUAUUCACGAGAAAAAGCCUUUGGACAUCUGUGACCCGGUAUUGCCCGUCUUCAAACGGGUAAAACGAUGCUCCCGCUCAGAGCCUGCGGAUGGCUUGGAGGAAGCAUCGCCACCUGUUAAGAACGAAAAGACUUCGCUCGAGCGAAGAAGCUCGGUUGUAAGCAACGAUGGGGACUCAGCACAGCUCAAACGUGCUCGACGCUUUCUUUUACUGGAUGAUUGUGACAAAAGGGAGAUCAAAAGGGUGAAGGAUUUGGAUGGCGGACAUGAGGAUUCAUUGCUGCUGAAGGAGGUGUCGGCUCACCAGGCUGCUAAUGGGAUCAAUGAGAAAGAUGUUGCUGCUGUUCCAGAGCAUAGUGAGUGUGAACCUCUUCAUUUGAACAAUAAACCAAAACAUGUUGAUAUGCGCGCUCCCAUUUCACCAACAGAAACUGAAAACAUUAAUUCCAGUGGCCAUUCACUGCUGCUCAAUGGCAGUAAAUUGGCCACUAUUUCAGAGCCUGACGUGCCUUCUAGAGACUCGGAGUGGGAAGACCACAAGACUGUAAGUGAUUGCCACUCUGUGUCGCAAACCAGUCAGUCACAGCAAUCUACUGCUUUUUUAGCAACUGAAAACCCAUCGCAAAUCAGGGAAUCAGAGGAAGAAGUCGAUGUUGUGGGGUAUAGCUCAUCCCUGUUGAAGGAACAGUGUUUUGAAAAUGCCAAUUGCAGUAUAGAUGCUGCUCAGGAUGUUGAACAGAUCUCAGGGAUGGCUGACUUUUCUGCAGUGCCAGACUCUGGAUUAGGGUCCUUGUUUAAAUCCCAAGAACACAGAUAUGCACUGAGAACUUCGCCAAGAAGGGCUGCGGUUAACAAGGGCAGCCCUCAAAAGAUGUGUUCAUCCCCCAGAGACAAUGGGCAGGUGGAAGAUAAAUUUCCCAGUCUUAAUGAAUGUGAAGUGGACAUCGGUGCUGUAGUGGCUGCAGACAGGGAACAUUGUGCGAAAUUGGAAGAGGAUGUCUCUCAGGCUAAAAGGGAGCUGCCUCUAGAUGGGGCUGGAGACAAUUGCAGUGGUAAUGUACCCAACUCACCUGCGCAGCAGGGGCUGGAUAGAGGGCAUUUGCCCCCAAGCAGGGAGAAUAGCAGCCAGCAGUCUAGAGAAGAGGAGGAGGAGGAAGAGCCUGAUGUAUACUACUUUGAAUCUGACCAUGUGGCACUGAAACACAACAAAGAUUACCAGAGGCUGCUACAGACCAUUGCUGUAUUAGAAGCCCAGCGGGCCCAAGCUAUUCAAGAUCUGGAAUGUUUAAGCAAAUAUCAGAAGGAAGGUCUGAAGGAACCCAUAGCAUUUGUAGAAAAUCUCCAAAAGAAGGUAGAGCAUAACCAGAUCCUAAUGAAAACGGAGGCUUCAAUAUUCACUGGAGAAGUGGUUGACAUGGGGCUUCCUUGUCCGCAAAGAGUGGUUCAGCUGCCUCAGAUUCCGUGGGACCAUUAUACAUCUGGAAUUGGACAUUUUGAUAAAGAAUAUAGAAAUAAGAAACACAACACAAGGAGGUUAAAACUCAUCUUUGACAAAGGAUUGCCUCUGAGACCAAAAAGUCCUAUGGAUUCCAAGAAAGAUGCAGAGUCAUCAUCCUCUUCUUUUUACUCUUCAGUGUUGCCUUCUAGUGAUGCCCCUGACAUAAUGACAUCAAACAGUCGUACACAGGUAAUACGAGGAAGAAUUUGUGAUGACUCCAAAUCGGAAACGUUUAACCAGCUAUGGAGUGUAGAAGAACAGAAAAGAUUGGAGGAACUGCUUCUUAAAUAUCCCCCCGAAGAAGUGGAAACACGACGCUGGCAGAAAAUAGCAGACAAAUUGGGCAACCGUACUGCCAAGCAGGUUGCCAGCAGGGUGCAGAAAUAUUUUAUUAAGUUGGCUAAAGCUGGGAUCCCUAUUCCAGGAAGAACUCCAAAUGUGUACCUGCAUUCAAAAAAGUCUUCAAACAGACGCCAGCACCCUCUCAAUAAGCACCUCUUCCGGCCAUCCACCUUCAUGGCAUCACAUGAACCUCCAGUCUACAUGGAUGAUGAAGAUGACCGGGGCAGCAUUUACAGCAGUCAGCUAGAUGCAGCUGCAGAUGACGAGGUCUCGGAUGAAGAAAGUAUUCCACCUUCAUGUCGACAGAUGGCAGAAUACAAAGAGUUGCUAUGCUUGAAGAAACUGCGGAAGCAGAAACUUGAGCUAAUACAGGGGGAAAGCAGUUUUGUACAACAUAUUGGGUAUAAGUGUGAUAACUGUGGCAUGGAGCCAAUUCUUGGAUUACGGUGGCAUUGCCAAGAUUGCCCACAGGACAACUCGGUAGAUUUCUGUGACAGUUGCUCGGACUGCCUGUAUGAAACAGAGAUUCACAAGGGCGACCAUCAGUUGGACCCAAUCUACAGAGCUGAGACAUUUCUGGACAGAGAUUACUGCAUGUCUCAGGACACUAGUUACAAUUACCUUGACCCAAAUUACUUCCCAGCAAACAGAUGACGAAGAGGGCAUAGUUGGGGAGGAAGAAAAUGAACUCCUAGUGGGCGUUGAUUCAUGCUCUUUGGUGCAUCACAAUGAAAAAGGCUCCAUUUGUUGAUUCCAUGCACAGAUCAGAAGGGUCCAGCUGCUGUUUCAAGUGUGCCCACAACUGAUGGCUUCUUUGGGCAUCCUCAACUGUGGCCCCAUGCUCCCUGUGGUCCUUUACAAACCAUUCAAUGGCAGCUGAACAUUCCUAACAUGCAACAUGUUUCCUUAAGAUGCCUUCAAACCAUGUUUUCUCUUCCUCUUUCUUCCUCCCUCUCCCCCCUCACUCUCUCUCUUCCUCUUUCACUUUCUUUCUCUCUCCCCUACCCCAUCCCCUCACCCCUCCCUCUCUCUAUCUCCCUGUCUUUCCCUGUCAUUCAUAAAGUUCAGUUGCUCUCUGUUGAUGCAGAUGGAAGAGGAAGGGAAGAUCUGAAGGUUGCAGAAUGCGCAGGCCCAGUCAUUUAAUUCCAAAGGCAAGAUCGGUUUCUGUGAUACUGACUGUUCUCUUAAACCAUAAAAUGAUGUAGAUAAAUGUCUAUUUAGAUGAGUAUUUAUGGAACCACAUGAUACAUUAGAUUUGCUAUUAUGUCGUGUAGUAUAUAGUCCUACCUACACAAAGAGAAGGCUGCCUUUUGGUGUUGGAAGGGAAGUUUUAUGUUUUAUAUAAGAGAGUUUAAUGAGCUAGCAAAGUUGAUGGUAGAGGUGCAGAGUCUAGUUAUGAUCCAGUGCGCUGGGUCUGCUGAACAUAACCAGCUGCCUCCUCCCAAGUAGGUCUUUCACCUUCCAUCUCUCAGUCCCUCCACCAAGCAACAACACAAAGCACUACAUGAGGCAAAGAACCUUGGGGACAAUAAUAAAACCUGGCUGCAUUUUUCUUUGAAACCACCCCCGCAUCCUUCCCACAAACAAAGCUGCACAGUUGAAGUUUGAAUACAAGUCAGUCGUCAGUGAACGUGUUUUUAGAUGUAAUGUGAUAUAAAACGACUAUGUAAUGUGUACAAAAAAUAUGGUGAAUUAAGUACAGUGGUAGCAACAGUGUACAACACUUUAUACAUUAUAUAUCUAUACACGUGCGCGUGUGUGUUUGUGUGUAUAUGCACACUCUCACACACACCCACUCACUUCAAAUUCAAUAGAGCCCCUACCAUAAUCCCAUAAAAUGAGAGUUGGCCAUACAACUCAUUAACAGAACUGCCUAUAAAAGAUAAUCAAGUAUUAUAAUAAAUUCCCUUUUUUGUAGUCUGCACAUAAGCUCAGUUUGCUGAAAGAUUGUAUUUUUACUAUGUAUUUAAAUGAUUGAUUGAAACUAGUCAGCAGUGAGCACGGGCUUCAGCUGCAAAUGUUUUUACCAGUAGUUGUGCAUUGAAUAGAACAUUUUUGUACGGUUUCAUUUUCUGGCCUCAUAUCUGUGUGUAUGCAACAUGUUCUUAUACAGAUGUACAACUGUCAGGAGAGCUGUGAGAAAUAAAAACCACGUGGAACUAGUCUCCUUA